AUGCAGGCACGUACCCAUGCGAACAGAUUAACAGCAUCUCGCUGGCUUGUGCUCUCACCCUUCUGUCGCCGAGGGGCUCAAGACCACGUUUUUACCGGCAUAUUUUGCAGUGUGUUUCUAGACACAGUAUUCUCCGUUAUGCUUCAGGCAUUCUUUAAGAUCGCAAGACAUAUUUAUUCCGGCUGCUCCCCUGGCGGUUUUGCGAACGGUCUCCUGAGAAUUGCCUGUGCCUAUUGCACCCCUUCGAUUUGGGCCGUCGGGCUUUCAUUUGUUGAGCUCACUUACAGCAGAUCUGGAGCAUGGUGGGCGUUUAGAAUUCGAGGUUUUGGGUGCGUGGAUGACAUUGGGUACAAGUGCUUGGAGUAA